AUGUCAACCACCAUCACUUCCACCCUCACCGUCCAAUCGGCCGACCAGCAGACGGCAAUACCGCCAGUCAUCGAGUUGCAAGCUCAAUCGCAGCCGCUGUCUUCUACUUCGACGCCUGGCCCAAUGGUUCUUCCUAGCGAGGCCAACACCCAGCUGGACGACCUGCCGCCGUCAGAACGAUAUCCAACAUGGCGCAAGAUCUUGAUCCUCUUCACCGCCAGUUGGAUGACUCUGGCUGCGACUUUCUCGAGUACAUCGCUCUUGCCUGCAGCUCCGGAGAUUGCCGCCGAAUUCGGGACGAGGGCCGAGGUGGUGAGCAUCAGCAAUGCUGGCGUUCUGUUGGCCAUGGGGUUCGCCUCGUUUAUCUGGGGGCCUUUGAGCACGAUUAUUGGCCGUAGACAUGCGUACAACCUCGCCAUCUUCAUCUUCCUCCUGUUCGCCAUUGGAGCGGCAGUUUCUAAGAACUUCCCUACCUUUGUUGCGAUGCGCACGCUGGCGGGAUUCGAGGCAUCCUUCUUUAUGGUCGCGGGGCAGGCCAUGAUUGCGGAUAUCUUCAAGCCGGCGACUCGUGGAACGGCAAUUGGCUUUUUCAUGAGUGGAACAGUCUGCGGACCAGCUCUGGGCCCAUGUGUUGGAGGUGUCAUGGUAACGUUUACUACAUGGCGAGCCAUCUUCUGGCUGCAAGCGGCCAUGGCUGGCGGUGGACUGCUUCUCGCGGUGAUUUUUGUGCCAACCGUGUCUCGCUCUGUUAUCGCCCAGGGUGACACGAUGACAGAGAAACGAGUGCGGAGCCGUUUCAAUCCUAUGCGAGUGAUCGAGCUGCUAAUUUAUCCCAAUAUUGUCCUGACCGACGUUGCCUGCGGCCUGCUGAGCUGGACGAUGUACUCCCUCCUCACAUCACCAAGAACAUUGAUCAAUCCUCGGUUCCAUCUGACCUCGCCCUUGGUCUCUGGUCUGUUUUAUCUUGCCCCCGGAGCGGGCUUCCUCAUCGGGACGACUGUCGGUGGUAAAUGGGCGGACAUUACAGUCCGUAGAAAUAUCAUCAAGCGGAACGGUGUUCGCAUUGCCCAGGAUCGUCUCAACAGCGGCACUGUAGCCUUCUUUAUCCUAGUCCCCAUUGCCACUGUCAUCUACGAGGUCAUGCCUGGCAAGAGGACUGAAGUCAUGGCCGGGAAAUAUUUCAUCCAAUACGCUUUUUCGGCGGCAGGAAGCGCCACUGCUUUGCCUCUGAUCAAUGCCAUUGGCGUUGGAGCCGCAUGCACUAUGAGCUCCGCCUUCGCCAUCAGUGAUCAAAACGACGACGACGACGACGACGACGAUGACGAUGACGAUGACGAUGACGAUGAUGAUGAUGAUGAUGAUGAUGAUGACGACGAGGAUGACCUGGUAAUUAGCAGAGCAUUUAGGACAGAAGCUGUUCAGUUGACAAGUUCAAUCUGUUUGUAG